AUGGUUAAGGUUGCGACGGUCCUACUUUUGUCUCUGGCCUUGGUUGUUGAUGGAGUUAAGUUGCCGUCGUUGGGGAAGCUUCAAAGCGCCGCUGUCAAGGGCAGAUUGUUGUGCGAUCGGAAGCCGUACGCGCAAGCGAAGAUCAAGAUGUACGAUGAGGACUUUGGUAAGUAUAUACAAAAGUGGAGGUCAAAAGCUCGGUUGAACGAAUUGCAAGGAAUUUUGAAAACAUGUUUGUUGUAGAGGGGGUUUGCUUCGCAGAAAUGGCCGAGGUUUUUAGGUCAAAAGUUGAAAAAAAUGCGCCGUUCUAAGCAAGUUUUAACAUAAAAAAUUUCAAGCAUAAUAGGUAUAGUAUGUAGAUGGUGAUAUUCCCACAAAAAAUUGUCUUUUUUCUGAAUGGACCAAGAUGUGGCUUUUAGCCACUCUUAAGAAUGCUCUUCUCCCUGGCCCCUCUCCCCGUAGGGAAAAAUUUAGGAUAUUUUUAAAAUUUUUCGUCGAAAAUUUGCAAUAAUAUAAUUUUUUUGCGAGUUUUGCCACAAAAAGAUUCGUAUCUAUUUCUGCUGUAGAGAGAAAUUUUUCCACAAAAAAUCAAAUUUUUCCGCAUGAAACUGGCAAAGAUAUGGCCAAAAAGAUAUUUUUCUCUGACCGCUCUGCGCAAUUCGCGUACUCUCUUGGCCAAAAAAAUCGUUGAAUAUGUCAGCUGCCUCUGCAAAGUGCGAGCUAAAUAAAACUUUCAGGAAUUCAUAUGUGCCCUAUGCGCAGUCUCUAACCCAAUAUUUCCAGGAGAACUUGACGAUCUCAUGGACACCAAGUUCAGCGACAAAAAUGGAGCCUUCCUCGUCUCCGGCCAUGAGACUGAAUUCACUCCAAUCGACGUCAAAAUCAACAUUUACCACAACUGCGACGACGAGCAAAAGGUGAAUUUUGGAGAUGAUUUUGAACACUUUAGGAGGCUAAAUCCUAUUGGUAUUUUUGUAAAGUGCAGGGACAUCUAUAGACUUCUUAUCAGCCUGUCGGGAAAAUAAUGUGGAUUUGUCGCAACAAAAUUUCAUCAAAUCUCCAGCCACCGCUUACAAAGCGAUGAUGGGCGAUUCCAAGCCGCGUCGAACUCACAUUAUUUUCCCGACAGAAAAUUAUUUUUCCCGAUUAGCAUAUAACAGUAUUUAUUAUCAAAAUUUUUCAGGAGUGCUAUCGGAAGAUCUCGAUCAAAAUCCCCGAUAACUUCAUCACCGAGGGAAAAACUCCAAAGAAGACUUUCGAUGUGGGAACAAUCAAUUUGAAUGCAAAAUUCGCUGGAGAAACGAGGGAUUGUUUGAACUAA